AUAACUUUAGUUAUUAUUUAUUUAUUAGUUAAGUAAAGAGGACGAAAGACCAAGAUCUUGAAGCUGUACCGUGUUUUAUGCUCAUUUAUUCGGUGGGCAAACGACUUAUAUUUUCUCAUUAAAUAUUGACACUAAUAACAACAAUCCAUUGCUAAGAGAGACUGAGGUAAUAACAUAUAUAUAAAAUAUAGACGCCAUCAUUGUGGAGGUCAGACAAACGGGGGAAAUUGGGAAUCGGUACAUGUAAAAGUUGUAGUAAUGGUAUCCAAGAUCGGAGCGUAACAGCUACCUAGGGUUUCUCCAGUCUUCUUCUCCACUCGUAUUUAUUACCGUGUGCUUUGGAUCCAUCGUUAUUGCUUUUAUUAUUUCUAAAAAGUGAAAGCGAUAAUUUCAGUGUGUGGGAAGGUUUGGCUUGCUUUUUCUUCUUUUCUUUUUAUCUGAUUGAUUCCAUCGGUUGCGAGAUCUUCGAGUAGUCGUCGCUUUUUUUUUUUUUUUUUUUGUGGCUUUUCUCCUCUCCUAUUGGAGCUAGAUGGCGAAAGGAAACACGUCUGAUGGUCGGACUAGGAGCUCCGUACAAAUUUUUAUCGUAGCUGGUUUGUGUUGUUUCUUUUACAUAUUGGGUGCAUGGCAGAGGAGUGGUUUUGGUAAGGGUGAUAGUAUUGCUCUUGAAAUUACAAAAAGUGGUGCAGAAUGCGGUGUGAUUCAAAAUUUAAGUUUUGAUACUCAUCAUGGCGGUGAUGCUGGAAGUAUUGCUGAGUCCGAAUCGCAAACUAUGGUUUUCAAACCAUGUAAUCCUCGUUACACAGACUACACACCUUGCCAAGAUCAAAAGCGUGCCAUGACCUUCCCGAGAAAUGAUAUGAUUUACAGAGAGAGACACUGUCCUCCUGAGGAAGAAAAGUUACAUUGCUUGAUUCCAGCUCCUAAGGGAUAUGUAACUCCAUUCCCCUGGCCAAAGAGUCGUGAUUUUGUACCCUAUGCAAAUGCACCUUAUAAGAGUUUGACCGUUGAGAAGGCUAUUCAGAACUGGAUUCAAUAUGAAGGGAAUGUUUUUCGGUUUCCUGGAGGGGGCACUCAGUUUCCUCAAGGAGCUGACAAAUAUAUUGACCAGCUUGCCUCUGUAAUACCAAUUAAGAAUGGCACAGUUAGGACUGCCUUGGACACUGGUUGUGGGGUUGCUAGUUUGGGUGCAUAUCUCUGGAGUAGAAACGUUAUUGCAAUGUCUUUUGCCCCAAGAGAUUCACAUGAAGCACAGGUACAAUUCGCUCUUGAAAGGGGUGUACCGGCUGUAAUUGGUGUUCUGGGUACUAUAAAGCUUCCGUAUCCAUCUAGAGCAUUUGACAUGGCACAUUGUUCUCGGUGCUUGAUUCCAUGGGGAGCAAAUGGUGGAAUUUAUCUGAUGGAAGUUGACAGAGUUCUUAGGCCUGGAGGUUAUUGGGUGCUUUCUGGUCCUCCCAUCAACUGGAAGGCGAAUUACAGAUCAUGGCAGCGUCCCAGGGAAGAACUUGAGCAGGAACAGAGAAACAUUGAAGAAACUGCAAAGCUUCUCUGCUGGGAAAAGAAGUAUGAGAAGGGUGAAAUUGCUGUUUGGCAAAAGAGGGUGAAUGCUGAAUCGUGCAGAAGCAGACAGGCUACCCUCUGCAACUCUGCUGAUCCAGAUGAUGCCUGGUAUAAGACAAUGGAGACAUGUGUAACUCCAUACCCAGAAGUAAACAGUCCGGAUGAGGUUGCUGGUGGGGAACUGAAGCCUUUCCCAGCAAGACUUCAUUCUGUUCCACCUAGAAUUUCUAGUGGAUCUGUUCCUGGUGUUUCUGUUGAGGAUUACGAGGAGGACAACAAAACAUGGAGGAAGCAUGUCAAUGCUUAUAAGAAAAUCAACAAACUACUUGACACAGGAAGGUACCGCAAUAUAAUGGAUAUGAAUGCUGGUUUGGGAAGUUUUGCUGCAGCAAUUCAUUCCCCAAAACUGUGGGUUAUGAAUGUGAUGCCUACCAUAGCUGAGAAAAACACACUGAGUGUCAUAUUUGAACGAGGGUUGAUUGGCAUCUAUCAUGACUGGUGCGAAGCUUUCUCCACAUACCCGAGGACGUAUGACCUCAUCCAUGCCAAUGGUGUUUUCAGUCUAUACAAGGACAAAUGCAAUGCAGAGGACAUCCUUCUGGAGAUGGACAGGAUUUUGCGACCAGAAGGUGCAGUAAUUUUCCGGGAUGAAGUUGAUACCCUAAUUAAGGUGAAAAAGAUAAUUGGAGGGAUGAGAUGGGAUACUAAAAUGGUUGACCAUGAAGAUGGACCCCUAGUUCCUGAGAAGAUUUUGGUUGCUGUCAAGCAGUAUUGGGUUGCAGAUGGAAACUCCACCUCCAUCCAAUGAGAUGCAGAUAUUAAAAGCCUUGUCAUGGUUCAAAGGUUGUGGACAACGAAACUCUCUUCAUCUCGAGUGUGACACACUUUGAUUACUUCCCUGGAGCAUUUUGGGGUCGACGAGUAACGACAGCCAUACGAUUCAUGUACGUGUACGACUAGUAUCUAUGCCUUGUUUAAUUAUUUAUUUAUACUAGUUUCUUCAGAGACAUAACUACAAAGUUAAUGGCCGUAAGGUUUAUGGUAUUAGUUCCAUUUUUUAUAUGGGUAAAA